AUGCUUGACCCAGAUCAGAAAGAUGUCUCCCUGGACCUGGAAACGUAUCAUGCCAUCAUGAAAGAGUGGAUUGAAGACUGUAAGAGAAAAUGGGAAGAUGGUGCCACCGAGGAACCAACAGUGAGCAUGGAAGACCUGGAACUUAAAGUGCCUAAAAACAUCUCUGAAGCAAAAAAGAUGCAUGUCCAGAUGAAUGUUACAUCAGGAAGCUUGGAAGCCUUUGGGGGUGAUGUGUCUAAAGGAGACAUGGAGACUUCUGACUUGAUAACCUGUGUUGCGGACCUGCAGUACAACAACCAGAAGCUUCAGGAAGAGAACAACAAGCUGAAGCUCACACUAGAAGCUGUGGAUGAGACCAACAAUAAGCUGUUGGCUGAUAAUGAGGAUCUGCGUCAACAAAUAAAAAGCAGCAUCCAGUAUUCUGUGCUGAAAGCCAAAUCACUGGAAGAAGAACUAGAAGAAGCAAAAAACAACCUGAACCUGUCAGAAGAGAAAAGACAGAAGAUGAUCUGCCAGAAUAAACAGCUAAAUAUUAGGAAUAGCAUGGACACUGAUGGACUUAAAAAGAAGAUUUUGGAGCUGUCUAAAAAUGCAGCAGAGCUUCAAAUCCAAGCACAUGUCUAUGAGAGCACGGUGGUGAACAAAGAGGCAAACUUGAUCCAGCAAGAGGAAGCCUCUGAAGCAGAAGAGCUUGUCAUGACUUCUUUACAAUGGGUAAAAGAUCCUGAUGUGAACACGCAACAAGUUUGGGAAAGAAAACUUGUGGUUCUCAAGCAAGAACUAGGAGAAAAAAGACACCUUUGGAUCCAGAAACUUCAUCUCUUGGAAAAAUACAAAGAAUCCCUAGAUAAGGAUUUUAUUCGAAUGGCAAGCAACCUGAGGAGAACCAAGACAGAGCAACUUCACCUAAGGAAAGAGCUCUCUGCCAGGCAACGUGAGAUAGAAACUGUCAAACAGUUACAAGAAGAAACUGCUGGCCAGGCAGAAGCCCUUGGUUUAGAGCUGCAGAAAGCGAUAAAGCAGCUCGAGGAUGCUGGCAAACAGGCAGAGGAUCAAGUUGAAGCCUUUCACUCUGCUUGUGAGGAAGCCGCAUCCUGGAAAUGCAAGUUAGAGGAAGCCAUUUCUGAGCAGCAAAAACUCAAGGAUGUGAAUGCAGCUUUAACAAGCACUUGUCAGUUGCUUCAAGAAAAGGUGGAAGACCAAAAAAGUUGCCUUGUUAUGGAGGAAAAAUCAGCCAAGUGCUCACGUGAAAAAGAGGAAGAUGUGCCGACUUCCGUAGCAAUGGAGAAAAACAACAAUAAGGAUCCGGCUGGUCCUGUGUCAGGAGCGGAUGUGACUGAGAAGGAGUUCUGCCACGUGAUGGAAGAACACAAAACCACAUUUCAAAACGUUUUAAAGCAAGACCCGGAGGCAGACCAGGAAAAGAAAAAUAAAGAGCAGAGUGAGGAAGCACCAGCUGUGGCUCCCAGUAGGAAAGGGAGUUCACCCACUGCAGGUGGCAUUAAAGGAGAUAAAUCAAAGCAAAAUGAGCCUGACUCUCCUAAUGAGAAAGAAGUGGAGGCUGAAUUUCUGAGGUUGUCUUUAGGUUUUAAAUGUGACUUGUUUACCUUGGACAAGAGAGUGAAGCUUGAAGAAAGGUCCCGAGACUUAGCUGAAGAAAAUCUGAAAAAGGAGAUCACAAAUGCUCUAAAAAUGUUAGAGGCUUUAGUUCCUUUGUGUGAAGAAGACAACCAAGCACAGGAGAUCAUUAAGAAGCUGCAGAAAAGCUUGCAGUUCCUUAGCCAGUAUGCAGCCCGAGUUGCCAGUAGAGCAGAGAUGUUGGGAGCUAUUAAUCAGGAGAGCCGUGUCAGCAAGGCUGUGGAAGUGAUGAUUCAACACGUGGAAAACCUGAAGCGCAUGUAUGCAAAAGAACAUGCAGAACUUGAGGAGCUGAAGCAGGUCCUGCUCCAGAACGAGAGAUCCUUUAGUUCUCUUGGAGAUCGAGAUGACUCUACGAAUAAAAAGCUACCAAAUUCUUUUAACUUUAAGCCAUCAUCAUCCCUGCGAAGAGUUAGCAUUGCAACAUUGCCUAGGAGUGCUGGAAAUGCAGGUAUUGGGUUGCCACUGGCCCAAGUCCAUGAACCUGAUGGAGAUGAGCGGAGUGAUAAAUUCAACCGGAGAGCAAGCAGCUGGGGACGACUGGGAGCAAAGCAAAAUGAGAAGCGUCCUUCACUACAGCGGUUCAUUAGCACGUAUACCUGGGCGGAGUAUGAAGAUGAACAUCCUGAAACAAAAAAUGAGCAGUCAGAAUCGCCUGCUGAAGUACAAGAAGAACCGUCAAGGAAGGAAAGCGUCUCUGAAAAAGGAAAACUUUCAUCAAAAUGGAACUUAGAGUCAGCGUGUAAUUUAAUGUCAUCGUGGGUAUCCCAUUUCAAGGAUUCCUUUUCCAAUGCUAACAAAACUCUCUGGGUUUCCGUUUCCAUCCUGGUACUGCUUGCCGCUCUUACAAGCUUCCUCACUGGGCUGUCUCUUCAAAGACCAGCAGAGGCAGCACCUGUCGGAACGGGGGACUCCUGGACUUCACUACAGCAACUGUUGUGGCCAUAUACAGGACUUCAACACAACGGACCACCCCCAGUAUAA